AUGCCGGAUCUCACUGAUAUUGAGUCGUCCACUAACGAGUCGGCAGCGGGAGAGGGUGGUAUGGCGCAAGGGGGUGCAGUGGUAGGACUGGUGGUGCGGGGGAGGGCGGCGAGAGCAGGAGCAGGAGCAGGAGCAUGGGAGAGCGUGGGAAGCAGGUGGAGUGGGUGGAACGAGGGGGAGAGUGUGAGGGAGAGUAUGAGGGAGAGUGUGGGGGAGAGCAGUAGGGAGGGGAGGAUGGGGCGUGGAGGAGGACAGGGAGGAGGAUGGAGAGAGGGCAAAGGAGCGCUAGGUGGUGAUAUAAAAGAGGGGUUGGAGAGAGAACCGGGGGGACAGGAGGCAGCGAGGAGGAGGACGGGGAUAGUGAAGGAGGGAGAUGAGGGGGAGGAAGAGGGAGAGGAUGGGAUGAAGGGAAGUGAGGAGGGAGAAAGGGGAAGAGAUGAGGGGUCGAUUGAUUGGCUGAGACUGAGUGUGGGCGUGGCGGGAUGCUCUAAGGAGUCUCAACACCAACACACGAUUGACUUUAUGGGAUCAUCGUGCAUCGACAUGAACGAGUCCGAGGAGGAUGGAUGCAUGCCACGUGGCGCACUGUUGGCCUCUCCACGUGGCACAGACUCAGCACGUCCACGUGGCACAGCGUCGGCCUCUCCACGUGGCGCAGCACUGGCCUGGCCUCAUGCCACGUGUCAGCAUGCUCUUGCUGGCAGCCCAGCAUCAAGCAGCGACCUCCGGGAGCUCGUGUCGCGGCAGCAGGGGCAGAUCGAGGAGCUUCGGUGGCUGUUAGGGCAGCAAAUGGAGGCGUGCCACGCACUGGCUGCUGCUCUUGUCUUACCCGUGCUGACUUGUGUUGUUCCCUUUGAAUUCCUGUCCGUUCACUCUCAGGAGCUGGUGGCUCGGCAGCAGGGGCAGAUCGAGGAGCUGCGGCGGCUGCUGGGGCAACAGAUGGAGUCGUGCCACGCACUGGCUGCUGCUCUGAGGCUGCAGCAGCAGGAGCGUCAGCAUUUGGGGAGGCAGGGGGAGCAAGGAUUGGGAGGUUUGAAAGAGACUCAGGAGGCAGAUCUAGAGGAAACAAAGCUUGGAGAAAGCAGGUCCGAGGAAGCAGAUGGGGCAGAAGGGGAAGAAGGGGCAGAGGAGGCGGGUGGUGAAAGAGAGAAGGAAGUACGGGAUAGUGGAGGAGGCGAGAGAGAGGGGGCACGGGAAUGGAGGGACCUGGAUUGGGAUGACGAGUUGAUGCAGCAGUCGGGGGAGCUGCGAGGAGAUAUUACAAGUCUGAAGGAUCAGCUUUCGUUAUGUACCUAUACUUCACUCUCCCUGCAGCUUGCUCAAAGGGCCAACCGCAUCGCACCACUCAAACACUUGCUCAAAGGGCAAACCGCAUUGCAUCACUCAAACAGUCGUGCUCAGCUCAAGUCCCGCUCUCCCUCUCUCCUUGCCUUGUGUGUCUCAUUUGCCCCUCCCCGUUCCCUUUACGCAGCUUGCUCAAAGGGCCAACCACAUAGCAUCACUCAAGCAGUUGCUCCUUCACACCAUGGCUCAGCUCAAGUCCCACUCUCCCUCCCGCUCUCCCUCCUGCUCUCCCUCCCGCUCUCCCUCCUGUUCUCCCUCUUGCUCUCCCUCCCGCUCUCCCUCCAGCUCUCCCUCCUAACCCCAGAUCUCUUUCUGUGCCUAUCCUUCCCCUCUCCUCGUUCCCUCCAUGCAGCUUGUUCAAAGGGCCAACCGCAUAGCAUCACCCAAGCAGUCGCUCCUUCACACCAUGGCUCAGCUCAAGUCCCGCUCUCCCUCUCCGUGCCUUGCGUGUCUCAUUUUCCCCUCCCCGUUCCCUGCAUGCAGCUUGCUCGAAGGGCUGGCCACUCCAGCAGUCCCUUUGAUGGAGCUCCAGAUGAUGGCUCAGCUCAAGUCCCGCUCUCCCUCUCCCUCCUAACCCCUGCUCUCCCUCUGUUCCUAUUUUUCCCCUCCCUUUCGUCCCUUUACUUGUUUGUUCCCUCCAUGCAGCUUGCUCAAAGGGCCAACCGCAUAGCAGCACUCAAGCACUCUCUCCUUCACACCAUGGCGCAGCUCAAGUCCCGCUCUCCUUCCCCUGGACCUGCCUUUUCCCUCGCUUCCCUCCACUUCCCCUCCCUCCCCUUGCCCUCCCAACAACCCUCCUCUCGCCCAUCCCCAUCUCCUCAGCUCCCAUCCCUCCACUCGCCCUCUCGUCUCCCCUCUGCUCUUCGCCUGCAUUCUCCGUCUCCCAGGCAUUCCCCCGUGCUUCCAUUCCGCCCGGCCUCUCAUUCACGUAUCUCUCCCCUUCAUACGGUCGGUGCACAGUGCAGUGAUUGUUUAUAG